AUGGCAGGGGCGAAUCUCUGGUUGGCCGGUGGCCAAGCUGUAGCGACGGCGCCCCAAUUGAAGCCCUUCUGUUGCCUUGAUUCCUCGUCCAGGAAACCCAUCAACAGAAGUUUCGGCUUCGUGGGUUUGAAUACUUUUCUCCACCAUAGUAGCUCCAUGUCCAGAGUCCGCAAGAAUUUCACGAAUUUACGGAGUUGCCACUGUGGCGACGAUAUCAUUAAUGCGGAAAGUAGCACUUUUGCUGAUGUUUGUUCUUCUUACUCUUCUCAGGACUGGGAUUGGAAUAGGUGGGGCCGUCACUUUGCUGAGAUCGAACAAGCUGAGAGCUUUGCCUCUGUUCUCAAGAUUCAACUGGAAGAAGCAAUUGAGAAGGAAGACUUCCAGGAAGCAGCGAAGUUGAAGAAGAUUAUUGCUGAAGCUACUUCAAUGGAUAGUGUUGGUGAAAUUAUGUCCGAACUCGAGAAUGCAAUUGACGAAGAGCGCUACCAUGACGCUUCAAAAUUAUGUAAACACACUGGAAGCGGAUUGGUUGUAAAAGUUGUUGAUUGCUGCAGGGAGUUGGUCAAUGCAUCUUCUGGUACUCUAUUGUUCGAUAUAUUUGUCGUCAAAGAUCGUGAUGAAAAAUAUGUGAUGCAAGUAGUUUGUUUGCGAACCAAAACAAGUUCGAUGAGUUCCACAACCUCCCCACCUAAAUCUGUAAAGCCCUCUAUGGCUGAGGUGGAAAGUGUAUCUGAUGGAGAUGGGGAGCGAAAUGGGGUUAAAGAAGAGCCAAGUGAUGAAAAGGGUGUAAAUAUCGAAGGAGAUACUGAGGAAGGAAUUAAAUGUGUUAUAAACUUUCUUAAAGAUAAAAUUCCAGGGAUGAAUGUGAAAGUCAUGAACCUUGAUGUUAAUGGAGAAGUGGCGGCAGAAGAUGUUGAUUCUUUGAAGCAGUUGAUUAAAGAUGAGGAUGAAAAGACAGUGUCUAAUGAAGAUUCUUAA